AGGCUGUAAUCUUUGGAUGAGAGUUUGUGUGUAAAACGUUUCUGGAGCAGCACAGCGGAAGUCUCUGCUUCUCUGUAGAACGGUUCUGGUUCUGGUCCUGGUCCUGGUGACACCAAGAGCAGAAGAGAAGAAAACCAGCCGGCUGUCAAAAUGAAAUUUACGGAACAUCUCUCAGCUCAUAUCACCCCGGAGUGGAGGAAACAGUACAUCCAGUAUGAGGCUUUCAAGGAGAUGCUGUAUGCUGCCCAGGACCAAGCACCAUCUGUUGAAGUGACAGAUGAGGAUACAGUCAAGAGGUACUAUGCCAAGUUUGAGGAAAAGUUUUUCCAGACAUGUGAAAAGGAACUUGCCAAAAUCAACACCUUUUAUUCUGAAAAGCUGGCUGAGGCUCAGCGACGGUUUGCCACCCUGCAGAAUGAACUGCAGUCCUCGCUGGAUGCCCAGAGGGAGAGCUUGGCCAGUGGGCGGGGCCUCAGGAGGAGGAGGACUGUGUUUGCCCUGUCACAGAAGGAGCGAUGCAAACACAGGAACAUACAAGACCUGCAGCUGGCAUUUUCUGAGUUCUACCUUAGCCUCAUUCUGCUCCAAAACUACCAGAACCUGAACUUCACAGGUUUCCGAAAAAUCCUCAAGAAGCAUGAUAAAAUUUUGGAAACAUCCAGGGGGGCCGACUGGAGGGUGGGCCACGUUGAAGUGGCUCCAUUUUACACCUGCAAGAAGAUCACACAGCUCAUUUCUGAGACUGAGGCGUUGGUCACCACAGAGUUGGAAGGAGGAGACCGGCAGAAGGCCAUGAAGAGGCUGAGGGUUCCUCCACUGGGAGCUGCACAACCUGCUCCUGCGUGGACCACCUUCAGAGUCGGACUUUACUGUGGAGUGUUUCUUGUCUUAAUAGUCACUGUGGUCAUUACAGGAGCUGUGACGAUUAAAAGUUCUAAAAUUUGGCCAAUGGUUCGAAUCUACAGAGGAGGCUUCCUGAUAAUAGAGUUCCUCUUCCUUUUAGGAAUCAACACAUAUGGCUGGAGGCAGGCUGGAGUUAAUCAUGUUCUCAUAUUUGAGCUCAACCCCCGAAAUAACCUGUCUCACCAGCAUCUGUUUGAGAUUGCAGGCCUGUUGGGGGUGCUGUGGUGCGUCAGCCUGCUUUCCUGUCUCUUCUAUGAGAGCAUCCUGGUUCCAAUGCAGGCCAACCCUUUGGCUCUUUAUGGCUUUUUUCUCCUGUUCCUCAUCAAUCCUUUCAAGACCUGCUAUUACAAAUCACGCUUCUGGCUGCUCAAACUCUUGUUUCGAGUGGUCACUGCUCCUUUCCAUCAUGUUGGCUUUGCUGACUUCUGGCUGGCUGACCAGCUGAACUCCCUGGUGGUGGUUCUGAUGGACCUGGAGUAUAUGAUCUGUUUCUACAGUUCUGAGCUGACCUGGACAGGAUACGAAGGACUCCUAAUUAACACCGAACAAAGCAUGUGUAACACCUACUCCUACGGCAUCCGUGCUGUCAUCAAGUGUCUUCCAGCAUGGUUUAGAUUUGCCCAAUGUCUGCGACGUUACCGGGACACCAAACGGGCUUUUCCUCAUCUGGUUAAUGCUGGGAAGUACUCUACAUCCUUCUUUGUUGUCACCUUCUCUGCCCUCUACAGCACGCACAAAGGUGCCCGCUCUGAAGCUCAGAUCUACUUCUAUCUGUACAUUGCCUGUUUGGUGAUCAGCUCUUGUUAUACACUGAUCUGGGAUCUGAAGAUGGACUGGGGCCUGUUUGAUCGCAACGCAGGAGAAAAUACCUUCCUGAGAGAGGAGAUUGUCUACCCACACAAGGCUUACUACUACUGUGCCAUUGUGGAGGAUGUUCUCCUGCGUUUUGUCUGGAUUUUAACAAUCACCCUCACCUCGCUCACUAGUUUUUCAGACAUCGCAGACGUUUUGGCUACAGUAUUGGCUCCACUAGAAGUCUUUAGGCGUUUUGUGUGGAACUUUUUUCGUCUGGAGAAUGAGCAUCUGAAUAACUGUGGUGAGUUCAGGGCUGUCAGAGACAUCAGUGUGGCGCCGCUCAAUGCUGAUGACCAGACGCUGCUGGAACAAAUGAUGGACCAGGAAGAUGGAGUGAGGAACCGGCAGGGCAAGAAAACCUGGAAGAGGAGCUACAGUAUGAGUCUGCGCCGACCACGACUGGCCUCACAGUCAAAGACUCGGGACACCAAGGUUCUGAUUGACGACACCGACGAUGAUUCCUGA